GCGGGAGGGAGUGUAGAUUCCAUCCCCGCAGACCCUUAAGCCUAUCUGACCCUGGCCAGGCCCUUACUCACACUCUACCCUAUUCCCAGGCCCCCUCCAGGCUGUUCCGGGCGGCAGGACACCGGGGUGCAAAGCCUUGGGUCCCGUGGGGGGUGGGGGAGACAGGCGCGCAGGUGGGGAGAGGCAGCAGGUGUGGGCGUGUGUGACACAAAGCUAGGAGAGUGUCUGGAGUGGGAGGUGUUACGUGCGUGAGCGCCUGUCAUUCUUUGUGUGUGUCUGUGUGUAUAUGUGUGUGCGCCUCCCUCAGCCGGUUGCCAUGUGCCCUAGGCUUGGUGAUAGGGUGAGUGUGAUUUUGUUGGCUGUGCAACUGUAUGAUCUUGUCAGAUGUUUGAGGUUGUGUAGGACUCUGUUGUACUAAUGAAGUUGUUUUGACCAUGUGUCUCUGUUGUAUGUGCAACUCUGUGCUUUGAGUGUGUGAUUCUGUAUGCGGUGGCAUGUGACAAUCCGAAUGUGUCAGGGCUUCACUUUAUGGGGGUAUGUGUCUUUGUAAGACUUUAAUGACUGUGGCCCUCCUGGGGCAAGCAUUUGUUAAAGCAGAUUGUAUUGUUUUGUGAUUGUGAGACUAUGCAGAUUAUAUUGGCGGUUCAUGCUGAUUGUGUACUUUCAUGUGGCAAGGUCUGCAGGGGGUUCUGUGAGUGUCUGUGACUCGUCUUACCCUUGCUUCCUCUCUGGUUUCCUGGUGUAGAAGGGGGCCUUUACCGCACACCACUGCUUCCCUAUGUUUUCCACAAAUAGCCCAGGUAGACUCAAGGAGGGACUCUAGUGUCUGCCCAGCCUGGCUCCCUGAACAGCACCAGCACCUGGCCCUUAUGGGGAGGCUUUGGUUAGUGUUUGGGUCGUUGCCCCCUGCCCCCAAGAAAGUACUGAGAUAUCAUUCUUUCAACUGAAGCUCCUUUAACCCUCAACAACCCUCUCAGAACUUCAUCCAAUCUGAAGGAAAACAUUCCCUCUUGCUUCCCCUCCAGACCCAGAGAUAGAAGCUCUUGGCCUGGAAGGUGCCGUGUGACCUUCCCAAACUACUUUGCUGCCCAGGCGUGCUCUGUCUCCCACAGUAUGGAGUACAUCUGCGCCCUCACAUAUUCCUGGGUUUGGUAGGCAGACCUACGUGUUUGUGUGGGUGACUGUGUCACCUUGUAUACAUUUCCAUGUGUGUUUUCUGUCUCAUUGUGCAGCCUGCCCAGGAACUCCAACAAUGAAUGGGCGGAGGGAAACUCUCUCCUGUCUCUGAAACAAGUUGGGCAGGUGGGGGGAGCCCAUGAUCCUUGUCUGUCCUGAGGGGAGUGAGGUUAAGUCUCUAGGAUGGGGAAGAGAACUAGGAUCUAACUGAGAUGCUUGAGAAAGGGUAUCCCCUACUCAUUGACCCUGGGAAAGUCCUAGUUCCUAUGCCGAGACUCCCAGAAGGGAGAGCCCUUUGGCUCAAGCAGGCCCCAGAUGUGACCUAGAUGUGGUUCAAACUGUGAUGGAAUCCAAAGGUCCAGCUCUGCCUUGACCUGUGUUCUCACCAACCCAGGAUCCUUGGGAGUUUAAGGCCCCAAGGCACUCAUGAGCACCACAUUAGUCAGUGUUUGCUUCCUGCUUUAAUUGAUUCUCCCCUUUAGUGGAACCAUCCCCUCCCCACUUGGCUAUUUGAAAGAGAGACUGGGUGAAGGUGGGGAAGUACUUGUGUUGCAAGGUGCAGGAAUGAGCUUUCUAUUACUUUUGCUCUCUGGGUCUCACUUUUCUCAUCUCUAAAAUGGAGAAUACUACGUCUUGCCUGUCUGCCUCCCAAGGGAAAUAGGUCAAAUGUUGACAAGUGUCAGGAAUGGUGUUCAUCAUCAGCAUCCCCACUGUAGAUAGCUCCACACACGACUUGGAAAGUAGAAAUAGCACUACCAGGAGCUCUCCUUUCGAAGGAGGGCUUAUCUUACAGCAGGAGACAAUUGUGGUUGGGACUCCCCCUGAUAAGGCGAUAAGGUGCUGGGUGCCUGGAGACGUCGGAGUUGAAGCCCGAAGGGGAGUCGUUGUCCGAGGUGCUGAAGAGCCUUCUGGACGGAUGUACUGCCAUGCCUUCCUAGUUCCCAAAGUUCCUUCCCUGUGCAGGCGGGAUUCCUGGGAUGGACAUGGGGGUGGUCUUUGGCUUCCGUCAUUCUGGUCCAUUAGAUUGACAGGGAGGGAGUCCUUAAGUCAUCAAGGCAUCCUGGGUAUACACCCGAUCAUUUUCCUCCCCCACUCCUCCAGACUCAAAGCUGGGGGAGAUUUUUUUUUUUUUAUGGUGGGGGGUGGGGAGAAUCUGAGCCCCACCCCGCCCAGAUCUACCCCCUCUGGUCUUCCAAGCCUGGUAGGGCUACUUGGAAGUAUGGCGUGGUGGGAAAAAGCAGCAAUCAGUGGCAGUCCUGUCCAAGCCGGAAGCUGGGGGAAGAUGAGGAGAGAGUUGGGAUCUGGCUGGCCAAGGCCUGAACUCGGGUCCCUCUGCUCGUAAAUAUCGUUUCCCCAGUCUAGGGCGCCCCCAUGUGGUCUUAGAGCAGCCAUGCUUACGGAGCUGAUUCCAAAUGGGGAUGUCGCCUCCAAAUCAAGGGGCAAAAUUUGCAUGGAGUUUGGAGGUGACUCUCGCCUAAAUCAUAAAUGUAGGAUUUUUAGCCAAAAAUACAGGAUCCCGGUCGGAGGAGUGGAACUAUGUCUCUCCUGUAGGCUGUCCCGGCAGUUUGAAGCCGUCAGUGGGUCCUGAAAGGGUUUACUUUGGGUACAGCCUGAUAGGAGUCCUGGAAAGGGUCGGGGCUGGGACUGAGGGGAGGAGAGCUUUUCCUUCAUGCAUUUGGCUGGCAGUCAGCAUAUGAUGGGAGAAUGUGAACCCACUGGAGCAAGACAGAGGGACACAAAACCGAAAGUUAUGAGAGAAAGGGAUUUGGAACAGCCUCUUUUGCCACCCCACUACAAUGUGCAGCUCCUCCUCCUUCCUCUUGCUCUCUCCCAUUGGUUUAGGAAGUAUGGAAGUGUGGGACGUUGCCAUGACGACUAUGUCCUCUUACCCCCCAUGGCUUCUCCAUGCCAAAUUGGGAGGAGGAGGUGUGCGACAGGCAGAGAAGGAAGGGCUGCAGCGGGGCAAUAAAGAGUAAGGUUCAUUAUCCCCUCCGCCAGCUCCUUUUUCACAACCCGUAGGUGCCUCCCCUCCCCACUAGAAAUCCAGAAAACAUUCCCAAAGAAGGCUGUGAGAGAGUCCGUCCUCCCCUCCCCCACCCCGCCCAGUCUAGGAACUUUGAGGACGGGUGCUUCAGAUGACGGGGCCAGGGUACGUUUUCUCCCUUGCAGCCCAGAGGAGAGAGCGAGCGGAAGAUUCUGGUCCUGCCCGUCCGGCCCUCCCGCGCCGCCCAUGCAGGGCCCACUGGAGUGGGGGCGGAGACCCGACCUCCCCGGGCCUUGGGGGCGGAGCUUCGCCAGUGUGCUCUCAGCAGAACCAUGAACCGAUGCCCCCGCAGGUGCCGGAGCCCAUUAGGGCAGGCAGCGAGAUCCCUCUACCAGCUGGUGACUGGGUCGCUGUCGCCAGACAGCGUGGAGGAUGAGUUUGAACUGUCCACGGUGUGUCACCGGCCAGAGGGUCUGGAGCAGCUGCAGGAGCAAACCAAGUUCACACGCAAGGAAUUGCAAGUCCUGUACCGGGGCUUCAAGAAUGAAUGUCCCAGUGGAAUUGUCAAUGAGGAGAACUUCAAGCAGAUUUACUCUCAGUUCUUUCCUCAAGGAGACUCCAGCACAUAUGCCACUUUUCUCUUCAAUGCCUUUGACACCAACCAUGAUGGCUCUGUCAGUUUUGAGGACUUUGUGGCUGGUUUGUCGGUGAUUCUUCGGGGAACCAUAGACGACAGACUAAACUGGGCCUUCAACUUGUAUGACCUUAACAAAGAUGGCUGCAUCACCAAGGAGGAAAUGCUUGAUAUCAUGAAAUCCAUCUAUGACAUGAUGGGCAAGUAUACUUAUCCUGCACUCCGAGAGGAGGCCCCAAGGGAGCACGUGGAGAGCUUCUUCCAGAAGAUGGACAGGAACAAGGAUGGCGUGGUGACCAUUGAGGAAUUCAUUGAGUCUUGCCAAAAGGACGAGAACAUCAUGAGGUCCAUGCAGCUCUUUGACAAUGUCAUCUAGCUCCCCAGGAAAGGGGGUCAGUUGUCCUGGGGGGACUAUACUCUAGCCCUAGUCCAGGUGGAACUCACCCUUCUCUUCCCAGGUCUGUCCUCAUCCUAGCUGGGCCCUGGGGGCUGUAGGAAUCUAAGAGUCUGGGGAUUCAGUGGUCCAGAUUGCUGGAGCUAAAGGGGCCAGGGCAUGGGCAGAGUGUAUCUGUGGGGUGUUCCCAACUCCCAACAGCUCCCACCCCCUUCCUGCCUGACACUCAGUGCUGAGGGUACCCCCGCUAUAGGAAAUAAAUGGUCUCCACCGUCCAUCCCCACUCUAGAAACUACAACACUAGACAGAAUGUCUCCGGCUAUGGUGCUUUCCCUAUCCCUGACCUCAUAUGCAUUUCCUCUAAGAUUUCCUUCUCAGAGAGUCUGUUCUGUCUAUGGCACUGACUGGCCUUUCAGACCAGGGCCUUUGAGAGCCUUAUAGGAGGAGGGACAAGAAUGGAGAGGGAGAAAUCUUAGGCCUGAGCCAGGUGGUUAGGUCAUAGGUGGCUGGGGUAGAGUGCAGAAAGGCCUGGAGAUUGUCAGUGACAGCUCAGGCAUGCCAGACUAUAGCUCUGAGCUCCAUAGGUCUACCACCCCCAGGCUAUCAGAAUUUGGGUUCCAGGCCCUUCAGAAGACUCUGUCUCCUUCGAAAUGCCCCAGAAAUUUCCAUACUCUCCUCAGUAUUCCAGGAGAGCCUGGGAUCCUGAUGUCUGGCUCAUGCCUGGAAUUCCUUCCUCUCCUUCCUUCCUGUUUGUGUGGGUGGUGGCAGCAGCAGGGGAAUAUGGGUGGGAGAUGUCCCAGCUGAUACCUGCCAAAGUUUCAGGCUACCCUGUCUGAAGGCUACAACUUAAGUUUUUAUUUGCCAUUUCUUCUAGACUUGGAGGCAUGGAGUGAGUCAGGGACCAUCCAGUGGAUGCCUUAGAAGAAAGGGGAAGGAGGGAGGCAGGCAUAGCAUCUGAACCCUGUGAGGGGGGGCAUUCACUAGAAUCUUUGAUCUACCCAGGCUCUAUUCCAACCCCCCACAUAGUCUCCUCAAUUCCUACUUAGGGUCUUCUUUUGCUCUAUUCAGUCUACCCAGAGAUGCCCCCGUACACACCUAGAAGGCAGGGACCACUCUUGCCAUGCUGCCACCCUUUAAUAUACCUGCUCGUUCCAUUUAGCUCACCCUCCCAGUCAGUCAGGAUCUGAGGGGAAGGGCCCCGAGGGAGCCCCCUUUCCCAUCAGAACACUGUUGACUGCUUUGCAUUUUUGGCUCCUCUGUAUAUUUUGUAAAAUAAAAAAAUACACCAAUCCAAUAAAACACAAUGGCUAUGCA